AUGCAGAAUCAGAAGCCUCUAAUCUCAAAGGCAGGUGGACUCGUAAGUCACGAGGAGUUGGCUAAGUUUAUGAGCCUGGUUGUGAAAUUUUCCUAUAACAGAUGACUAAAGAGAGAGAGCGAGAGAGAGACACUCACUCUUAACCUUGUGGUCUCUGUGUUAAACUGACACACACGAUACCCAUCACAACCCUCUCUCUCUUUCACACAUUUUAAUCCCUCUCUUCCUUGUUUAUGCUGAAUGAGAGAGACUAAGUGAGAACACAGGAAGGAAACGAGUGCAUAGUCUUAUCUCACUACCGCAGCACUACCACUCUGUGUGAGAGACUGUUUGUGUGUGUCUGACUAGGCAUGUGAGUGUGCGAUAUAGCGCCUUUGCCAGGCUAAAUCAUGUGUAUCUCUAUACCACUCUCUCAUUGUAAAAAAAGAUCCUGGUGAAUUUCAUUUCUUGGGAACGCUGUCCUUUUUAUGAUUUUAUGAUUUAAAAACGGACUGUAUUUGUUGUGUGUCCAACCUGUAUGCAGUGUGAUUGACAGGGCAAUCAACUGACUCCUUGACCUGUCUUGUGGCCCUGUCUUGUCUUGACUUAGAUCUAGCGAUGUAACUUAGGCUUACAAGUGUUUUAAGAAUGCAUCUUUACUACAACGGCCGAAGAUGUAACAUGCAUUUCCCAAAACACAGCGCAGAGAGAACGGUUGCUAAGUGUGUUGUUGGAGCAUGUGUCGAUACUGAUAGGAUUGAAAGAAAGGGAGUGCUGUUCUCGGAUCAGCUUUCUCCAUUCAAAACUUGAAAAAGAAAAGGAGAGGCGCACACACUAGGAGCUCCGAUGCAAUCAUUUUAUAGCCAACGUUUUGAAAGCCAAGAUGUCUUCAUCAUUUAUCCUUUUAUUUUUCAAGUUUUCUACUGCACCUCGCCUAAACAUUUAUUUUUUAGUCAUUUUAGCAGACGCUCUUAUCCAGUGCAUACAUAUUUUUAUUUUUUGUUUUUUCAUACCCCCUGUGGGAAUCAAACCCACAACCCUGGCGUUGCAAACGCCAUGCUCUAUCAACUGAGCUACAUCCCUGCCGGCCAUUCCCUUCCCUACCCUGGGCCAAUUGCGCGCCGCCCCAUGGGUCUCCCGGUCGCGUCCGGCUACGACAGAGCCUGGAUUCGAACCAGGAUCUCUAGUGGCACAGCUAGCAAUGCGAUGCAGUGCCUUAGACCACUGCGCCACUCGGGAGACUAAAAUAAACAGGUGUGCAUUUCUUUCACCUCCAUUAAAAUCUUACCUUAACAUUAUAAUUAUUUUACAAUACUGACGAUGGAUCAGCUCCUAGAGAAAUAUUACCACCUACAGCUCCAAAUAUUGAGGUGGUUUAUUCUAAUGCUUACCCAAUACAAUGCACAUAAUCACCUAUUUGGCACAUCAUUGGCGGGAGAGAGAGGGAGAGUCAGAAACAGCAGGUCCAGGACAAGGUAGCACAUCUGGUGAACAGGUCAGGGUUCCAUAGCCGCAGACAGAACAGUUGAAACUGGAGCAGCAGCAUGACCAGGUGGACUGGGGACAGCCAGGAGUCAUCAGGGCAGGUAGUCCUGAGGCAUGGUCCUAGGGGUCAGGUCCUCUGGGAGGGGAGGGAGGGAGAGAGAGAGAAUUAGAGGGAGCAUACUUAAAUUCUCACAGGGCACCAGAUAAGACAGGAGAAUUACACCAGAUAUAACAGACUGACCUUAGCCCCCCGACACAUAGACUAUUGCAGCAUAGAUACUGGAGGCUGAGACGGGGGGUUGGGGGACACUGUGGCCCCGUCCGACGAUACCCCGGACAGGGCCAACCAGGCAUGAUAUGUUUGAAGGUCAACCUUCACCCCAGUCUGAGGUCCUGAGCACUCUGGAGCAGGUUUUCAUCAAGGAUAUCUCUGUACUUUGCUCCGUUCAUCUUUCCCUCGAUCCUGACUAGUCGCCCAGUCCCUGCUGCUGAAAAACAUCCCUACAGCAUGAUGCUGCCUCCACCAUGCUUCACCGUACUGAUGGUGCCAGGUUUCCUCCAGACGUGACACUUGGCAUUCAGGCCAAGAGUUCAAUCUUGGUUUCAUCAGAACAGAUAAUUACUGAGGAGUGGCUUCCGUCUGGCCACUCUACAAUAAAGGCCUGAUUGGUGGAGUGCUGCAGAGAGGGUUUUCCUUCUGGAAGGUUCUCCCAUCUCCACAGAGGAACUCUGGAGCUCUGUCAGAGUGACCAUCGGGUUCUUGGUCACCUCACUGACUAAGGCCCUUCUCCCCCGAUUGCUCACUUUGGCCGGGCGGCCAGGUCUAGGAAGAGUCUUGGUGGUUCCAAACUUCUUCCAUUUAAGAAUGAUGGAGGCCACUGUAUUCCUGGGGACCUUCAAUGCUGCAGAAAUGUGUUGGUACCCUUCCCCAGAUCUGUGCCUCGACACAAUCCUGUCUCUGAGCUCUACGGACAAUUCCUUCGACCUCAUGGCUUGGUUUUUGCUCUGACAUGCACUGUUGACGGUCCCUAACUUGCCUCGGAGAUGGCCUAUCCAAAGACGAACCAAUUUUGCCAUGUUCGCACACCAGCUGGCUGAAGCUAAAUAAUUUGUUUAACUCCUCCCACCUGCGAACACAGACGAGACACCCACAUCAAACCACAGCCCAAAACCAACUUGUGUUUGAAUUCAGUCAUGGCCGUUUAGUAUUUUUUCAUUAACCAAAUGUAAAACUAGGCUAAAUCAGGAAGUGCCGUCGCCCUUGAAGUUGACAUUCGACAGUGGGUGGACCGGCAGUCAUCUUUGUGGUAGUAAUUAGAAGUUUACAUUUCAGUGGUGUACCAGCUAAAUUGCAGUGGUCUGAAGAGAGCGAAUUCAUAGAAUGGACCUAUUUCUAUGAUUGAAAUGACACCCACCCUGAAUGUUGUCUUUACCAAUGGAAGAAAAAAAAAAGUGUCUAAGCUACCACAUAUGCGAAUAUGAAAAUAAUUGGAGUUUCUGCGUUUUUAGAUUAUUGACGUUAAAGGUUUAAAAAUGACAAAAUAUUUAUAAAAAAUAGGGCCGUUAAAUUGUAAUAGAAGUAAUUGAGUUAAUGGCAUUAAUCACAAUUUUUCAAUUUCCUCAAAUUUGGCCCUAAAGAAAGCUUUUACCAUCUAAAAAGCAGUGCAUUAAGUUACAGGCAUACUAUGCUUUGGUUUUAAGGGACGGAAACAACAUUAUUUACAUGUUUUAAUAGCAUUUUCACCAUAAACAACAAUGUUCCCAAUGUUUUUAAGUAGGCCUACUCCUUCUUACUGUAUCAAUGUUCUUAAAGUUUAACAUAGCACACACACACACACACUUUGACAGUCCUUCAAAAAAUAAUAAAAUAGUUUGUUAGCUUCUUAAAUGAUAUCAAACUCAACAGUUUAUCUUUUCCAGUGAUGAAGACUUGGAUGUCACAUUGGAAUGGUGGGGUAAGCAAAAUGGGUCAACUUUGAGCUCUGUUGUGUCCUGAAUGUUUUGGCAUUUCGAUCGAAAAAGUCACUUUCUGACCACUUCUUCCAUGGGCAAACAUGUAUGGAAAGUUUUGUUUAAAUUAAAAUGGAUGCUGUCAAAAAGUGGAGGCUCCUCAGAGGAGGAAGGGGAAGACCAUCCUACUCAGUGAAGUUUUUUUUCUCCAUCCUUUUUAGAUAAAUGUAUACUAAAUAUAUUCACAUGCCACCAAAUAACUGAUUAAAACACAGUUUUGCAAUAAAGGUCUACAGUAGCCUCAACAGCACCCUCUAGGGUAGCACCUUGGUGUAGCCGGAGGACAGUUACUUUCCGUCCUCCUCUGGGUACAUUGACUUCCAUACAAAACCUAGGAAGCUCAUGGUUCUCACCCCCUUCCGUAGACUUACAGUAAUUAUGACGACUUCCGGAGGACGUCCUCCAACCUAUCAGAGCUCUUGCAGUAUGAACUAACUUGUCCAUCCAAUCAAAGGAUCAGAGAAUGAAUCUAGUACUGAAAGCAUACUCUACAGCCAGCUAGCACUGCAGUGCAUAAAGUGUGGUGAGUAGUUGACUCAAAGAGAGAGAAAGACAAUAGUUGAACAGUUUUGAACAAAUGUGUUUCUUUCAAAAGUUAAGGAGAAGCAGCAGAGGGGGAGAGAGUGAGAGCUAGCUAUAUUUCAUUGUAUUUUCCUUUUUUAGUUUACCCUUUGCUUACUUAGCUAAUGCAGCUAAUUUUGCCUACUCAACAACUGGACUCAAACAGAGAGGAAUGCUAGUUAUGCUUGCGAGCCGGCUAUGGCUAUCCAACACUGCAUCCACAGAUCAAAUAAAAUGAAAUGUUAUUGGUCACUUACACAUAUUUAGCAGAUGUUAAUGCGGGUUUUGCGAAAUGCUAGUGUUCCUAGGUCCAACAGUGCAGUAGUAUCUAACAAUUCACAACAAUACACACAUCUAAAAGUAAAAUAAUAGAAUUAAGAAAUAUAAAUAUUAGGGAAAAAAAUUCUGGGCCUAAUGUUAGAAAUAACACACAAAAAAAACAGAAUACUGCAAAGUUGCUUAGGAGCUAGAAGCAGAGCUUCCAAGUCUGUCGGUGCCAUCUUUACUGAUAGAACAAUGAGACCGAUAUUUCACUGGAUGUAUAAAUGUGAAGCAUCCGCUUGGCGUUUCCACUCACUACCAAAUAUGGUGGUGAGAGGAAGCCCACUGGCGGGCAGUGGGAGAAGAUGGAACGAGAUGGAUUUUGGCCGACAUUCUGCAAAUAUUCUCAUCGAUGAAACAUUUGAUCUCAAUAUAGUCUUCUGUUCCCAAAGCUACAAUCUGUUACGGAACAGUGUGGACUAUGUUUUGUAGACUUUACCCUUUGCCAAAGUUUUUUUUAAUGUAGUUGUUUAGAAGGAAUGCAAAGGUGAAUUUAGUUACUGUACACGUGCACUUCAGAGUAGGCGUUCCCUGAUGGAAAUAUGCAAAUGUUUGCUAGAAUGCGCCAAUAGGAUCUCGCUAGCUCGUGCUUGGCUCUGCCCACCUCAUUGCUUGUUCUGCCCACUAUGACUCAUUUGUUCCCAUUUGAAAUGACGGCCUGUGGUCUACGUUGGUUUAGUUAUGGUAUGAAGGUUUGGCUUGGAGAGGUUUUUGCGCCUGGUCACAGACAGCUGUUGUGUUGUGCACUGAAGUCCACAAGCAAAGAGAAAAGGGGAGGGGAGGAGAGCGCAUAGAUGCGAGAAGGAAUUAUCCAACGAGCAAAGUGAUGCAGUAUGUGGCUGCUAUGAAAGUGAACUGUGUGUGCGGGUGAUCAUGGGUGUAUUCAUUCCGGAGAUUCUGUUGCAAAAUGUUUCUUAAACGGAAGCAAGUGGAACUAAACGGGCAGGGAGCUACCUGAAUGUGUCCAAUAGAAACUUGUUUUGUUUCGACUAAUGAUACACCCCAGAUCAGCUAGAUGCAGGCUAGAGUGUGCAAGGCGGUAUUGAAUGUGUCACUGUCUGUCACCUUGAUUACUCCAAUUUGUGUGUCGACCUGUGCACCUAUGUUAUAAACUGUCAUAUGUAGGCUAGGUUGUAGCAACCUCGUGAUGGGGAUAGGACAAAUUCGAGUAUCAUGUAGUAGCCUAAACCUAUCAAUUUUACAUUGAGCUGGGUGAAUGGAAUGUGAAUGGCAGUCAUCCAAUAUGCUGUAAUAGAAAUAAGGCCAAGCUCAUAAAAAAAUCUUGACCAGCACUAACUGCCACUGAAUUCAAAUGGAUUUUACAGUACAGAGAUUGAAAUUCAGCAGUUAAGCAAGUUCAAGGUUGGAUUGUCACGAGUUCCUGAGGCCUAUAACUCUGUCCUGUCAUCUGUCACUUGUAGGCCUAUACUUCAGAACUUUUGAAGUUGUGGGAGCAAUUACGCAUGUUAUAAUUGUAAGCAAAGAUAUGUGAGGAUAUGACCUCUGGGUCGUCGUCUUUGGCAUCCGGAUCGGCCCCCACAGAGGAAGGAGAGAGGGGAAGACAUUGAAAACAAGUGUUUUCAUUCUAUUUCAUGCUCAUGCUCUCCUUUCAUGUAAAAGGAUGAGGAAGCAUUGUUUUUAUUUAAAUCUCCCAAAACCCAGUUAUAUAAUGCCCCAAAACUAUUUUAGAGCGCUUGCUCUCUAUUUUCCUCCCACUCUCUAUCUCUCUCUCUCUCUCUAUCCACGUACCUACCCACCCACGCUGGGGUCCAUAAUUAUUGGCACCCUUGAUAAAGAUGAACAAGAAAGACUGUAUAGAAUAAAUAAUACAAAAACUGAGCUAUAUUGUAUGCCAUUUUUUUUUUGCUCAGAGAAAUAGAUUUUGUUUAAAAAGGAAUAAAUAAAUAAGAGCCCUGUUUUCAAUACUCAGCACCCUCCCCUUGCGAGGAUAACGACACUGAGCCUUUUUCUAAAAUGUUUUUAUGAGAUUGGAGAACACUUUCGGCUGGAUCUUAGAUCGGCGUUUCCCGUUCCUGGUCCUUGAGUACCCCCAACAGUACACAUUUUUAUUGUAACCCUGGACAAGCACACCUGAUUGAACUUGUCAACUAAUCAUCAAGCCCCCAAUGAGCUGAAUGAGGUGUGUUGUUGGGGAUACUCGAGGGCCAGGGUUGGGAAACACUGUCUUAGACCAUUCCUCCAUACAGAAUCUUUCCAGGUCCUUGACAUCCUUCGGUCUGCGCUUAUGGACUGCCUUUUUCAAUUCAAACCACAGGUUUUCAAUGAGGUUCAAGUCUGGAGACUGAGAGGGCCAUUGCAAAAUGUUGAUUUUGUGGUCAAUUAACCAUUUUUUUGUGGAUUUGUAUUAUUGCUUGGGGUUAUUGUCUUGCUGGAAGAUCGACUUGCGGCCAAGUGUCAUCCUCCUGGCAGCGGCAACCAGGUUUCUGGCUAAAAUGUCCUGGUAUUUGGUAAAGUUCAUGAUGCCGUUGCCAAUCCCUGGUCUAGACUAUCCUAUCUGCCAAUCAGGGCUGUGUAUGUAAAUAUAUUAAAAUUUGUAUCAACACGCCCAUGCGAUCAGAAUGAGCAGUUCAAUGGCAAAAGGAAGCUCAGGGAAAUAAAUGAUCAAAUAUAUAUUUGAAGUUAUAUUCAUGAAAUAAACACAAUGAUUUAUUAGACAUACUGUACAGUGAUCAUUUAAUUAUUAUUCUUUUUAAACCCCCCCCCUCCCGGCCCAGCUGAUGAUAUAGCCUGGUGGUGUUAAGUCUGUUCACAUGUUUAUUUAAGCAGGAGAGGUCAGCUAAGAACUGGUUAUGUUCCUUCCUCAGCCCUGUCCUCGCCCUUCACAGUGUCAAUAUCGCCAAGCCUUGUGGUCUCUGUACUUAGGUCUCUGUAUGUUCUCUAUUUACAGUCAUGAUGUCAGUGUGUAGUGCGCAUACACUGUUGAUCCACUGUUUUAAUACAGUACUGAUAUUGCCUUCUGCUUCUCCUGUUAGACAUGUGACAAUGACGAUGAAGAAGUGGAAAUUGCCAUCGACAAUGCAGCUUUUAUGGAUGAGUUUUUCUCUCAGGUGAGGUCAUUUUUCCAACGGACUUUGUGUGCAUGCGUGUGUGUGUGUGUGUGUGUGAGUGUAACUGUAUUUUUCUCUCCGUUUCAGAUCGAGGACAUCAGGAACAGUAUUGAUAAGAUUGAUGAGAAUGUGUCUGAAGUCAAGAAGCUCUACUCAGUCAUCCUGUCUGCCCCCACAUCAGACCAGAGUAAAACAUACUGCCUCUGCUCCUGCCCAUCCGUCUGUCUUUGUCUUGCUGCCUCCUAUACUGUCAGUGUGGGUUUUCAUUUGCGUUUCUUCCUCCAGAAACACAGGAUGACUUGGAGGCUGUCACCAACGACAUCAAGAAGAUGGCUAACAACGCCCGGAACAAACUCAAAAGUGAGUCCCUCACACAUGAUACGGCACACAGACUAAAUGCUGAUUGGUUAAUAUGGCUAUGGGUGACUGCUGAUUGUCUAAUCAUGUUGAUUGAUUCUCAGCCAUCGAGAGGAAUCUGGAGUCUGAGGAAGAGGAGAGGAUUUCAGCCGACAUGCGGAUUCGCAAAUCACAGGUCAGCCUCCGAAAGUUCUCCUCUAACCCUUUACCUAACCCUGUGCCUAACCAUCACUGUGACCAUAUAAAUUAAUAUCGAACCAUUGGAUUGUUAUGGCUUGUGACCCUUUCCUGUCCUCCCAGCAUGCAGUGCUGUCCAGGAAGUUUGUGGAAGUGAUGACCAAGUACAAUGAGGCCCAGGUGGACUUCAGGGAGAGGAGUAAAGGACGCAUCCAGAGACAGCUAGAGAUCAGUGAGUUAGACACAGUCUUAAACACAGUUUGUGACACAGUGGACCAUAACCUUGUGUACAGUGGGGAAAAAAAGUAUUUAGUCAGCCACCAAUUGUGCAAGUUCUCCCGCUUAAAAAGACGAGAGAGGCCUGUAAUUUUCAUCAUAGGUACACGUCAACUAUGACAGACAAAUUGAUAGAAAAAAAUCCAGAAAAUCACAUUGUAGGAUUUUUUAUGAAUUUAUUUGCAAAUUAUGGUGGAAAAUAAGUAUUUGAUCAAUAACAAAAGUUUCUCAAUACUUUGUUAUAUACCCUUUGUUGGCAAUGACACAGGUCAAACGUUUUCUGUAAGUCUUCACAAGGUUUUCACACACUGUUGCUGGUAUUUUGGCCCAUUCCUCCAUGCAGAUCUCCUCUAGAGCAGUGAUGUUUUGGGGCUGUCGCUGGGCAACACGGACUUUCAACUCCCUCCAAAGAUUUUCUAUGGGGUUGAGAUCUGGAGACUGGCUAGGCCACUCCAGGACCUUGAAAUGCUUCUUACGAAGCCACUCCUUCAUUGCCCGGGUGGUGUGUUUGGGAUCAUUGUCAUGCUGAAAGACCCAGCCACAUUUAAUCUUCAAUGCCCUUGCUGAUGGAAGGAGGUUUUCACUCAAAAUCUCACGAUACAUGGCCCCAUUCAUUCUUUCCUUUACACGGAUCAGUCGUCCUGGUCCCUUUGCAGAAAAACAGCCCCAAAGCAUGAUGUUUCCACCCCCAUGCUUCACAGUAGGUAUGGUGUUCUUUGGAUGCAACUCAGCAUUCUUUGUCCUCCAAACACGACGAGUUGAGUUUUUACCAAAAAGUUAUAUUUUGGUUUCAUCUGACCAUAUGACAUUCUCCCAAUCCUCUUCUGGAUCAUCCAAAUGCACUCUAGCAAUCUUCAGACGGGCCUGGACAUGUACUGGCUUAAGCAGAGGGACACGUCUGGCACUGCAGGAUUUGAGUCCCUGGUGGCGUAGUGUGUUACUGAUGGUAGGCUUUGUUACUUUGGUCCCAGCUCUCUGCAGGUCAUUCACUAGGUCCCCCCGUGUGGUUCUGGGAUUUUUGCUCACCGUUCUUGUGAUCAUUUUGACCCCACGGGGUGAGAUCUUGCGUGGUGCCCCAGAUCGAGGGAGAUUAUCAGUGGUCUUGUAUGUCUUCCAUUUCCUAAUAAUUGCUCCCACAGUUGAUUUCUUCAAACCAAGCUGCUUACCUAUUGCAGAUUCAGUCUUCCCAGCCUGGUGCAGGUCUACAAUUGUGUUUCUGGUGUCCUUUGACAGCUCUUUGGUCUUGGCCAUAGUGGAGUUUGGAGUGUGACUGUUUGAGGUUGUGGACAGGUGUCUUUUAUACUGAUCACAAGUUCAAACAGGUGCCAUUAAUACAGGUAACGAAUGGAGGACAGAGGAGCCUGUUAAAGAAGAAGUUGCAGGUCUGUGAGAGCCAGAAAUCUUGCUUGUUUGUAGGUGACCAAAUACUUAUUUUCCACCAUAAUUUGCAAAAAAAAUCAUUAAAAAUCCUACAAUGUGAUUUUCUGGAUUUUUUUCUCUCAAUUUGUCUGUCAUAGUUGACGUGUACCUAUGAUGAAAAUUACAGGCCUCUCUCAUCUUUUUAAGUGGGAGAACUUGCACAAUUGGUGGCUGACUAAAUACUUUUUUCCCCCACUGUAUAUACUGAAAUUAUCCUCUGUUUCUCAGCUGGCAAAGCCACAACAGACGAGGAGCUGGAGGAGAUGUUAGAGGGUGGAAACUCAGCCGUCUUCACUUCAGGGGUAAGAAAGUGUUUUAGUGUGCGUGUGUGUGCGUGCGCGUGCGUGCGUGCGUGUGUGUGUGUGUGCGUGUGUGUGUGUGUGCGUGUGUGUGUGUGUGUCUGUGUGUGUGUGUACUAACUAACCACCACCUCUCUGUAGAUCAUGGACUCUGGGAUCUCGAAGCAGGCUCUCAGUGAGAUUGAGGCACGACACAAAGACAUUGUGCGUCUGGAGAGCAGCAUCAAAGAGCUGCACGACAUGUUUGUAGACAUCGCCAUGCUGGUGGAGAGCCAGGUACACUCCUCCUCCGAUCCAUCUAUUCAGUCAUUCAUUUCUUCAUCCAUCCACUAUUUCAUAUCUCUGCCCUACAUUUAAACCCUACUAUGUCUAACUUUCUCUCCUGUUCGCUCCCUCUCCCUCGUUCCCUGUCUGUCAUCCCUUCUUUUCCAGUACCCUCUCCCUUUCUCCUUCCGCUGUGCUUUCCUCCUCUCUCCCCUUAUGUCUCUCUAUCCAUCGGUCUCCCUCCCGUCUCACAUUCAUCUUCAGUAAGAGUCUACAUUCUCAGUAAGAGUCACAUUUGAUUGAACAUCUUAGUAGCCUUCAGUGGUCUGUGAAUCACUAAAGCCACAUUGGAAUCGACCCAACCCCAUACUGUAGUCACCGCACAACUACAUAUAAUCUCUGUAACCACAUGUAUCUUGUUGGUUGUCCUAUGCUUUCUGAGGGAAAGCCGUGUGCGAGGUAAGCAUCUUCAUUCUUUCUAAUAUAUGCCUCUUUGGGAUGUUUUAGUCUCUGAUGUGUACAGUUAGCAUGUGACGUUAAAUUUUUUCUAACUCUGUAUACUCACUGUGUGUGUUUUAUGUUUCAGGGUGACAUAGUAAACAACAUAGAGGUGCAAGUGUCUAAAGCUGUGGACCACAUAGUAGUGGCUAAGACUGAGACCAAAAAAGCCAUCCAGUACCAGAGCAAAGCACGCAAGGUACUGCACUCCAUCCAACACUCUCUACCAACGCCCUAAUAUUAAUCAUCAGCUAAAACUGCUAUCCGCUUGAACCUAAAUCAACUAUGCUACGGUCCCUGUUUCUAGGAAGCUUCUAUAUGGUUAGCCCAAGAUGUACUCUUAAGGAGCCUACCGCUACUCCUUAAGGUCCAAGGACCUUACAUGUUAUUUUCAGGGGUAGACUGGCUCUGGCAGCCAAAACAGCCAAAUACUCAAUCUAAACGUGAAUCAUUUCUUAAUUGCGAUACAUUUCUAGAAACAUAAAUCCUUCUACUUUUAUAUCACAUCAAACUAAUUUCACCAAUGCAAAAUAUACACUUUUAUAAACUGGGUGGUUCAAGCCCUGAAUGCUGAUUGGCUGAAAGCCGUGGUAUAUCAGACCGUAUACCAUGGUUAUGACAAAACAUUUAUUUUUACUGCUCUAAUUACGUUAGUAACCAGUUUAUAAUAGCAAUAAGGCACCUUGGGGGUUUGUGGUAUAUGGCCAAUAUACCAUGGCUAAGGGCUGUGUCCUAGCACUCCGCGUUGCUUAUUGCCCCCUCGGGCCUUAUUGCUUAAAUGUACACUGUUUUAACCGGCUUUAUCACAGUUGCAACCAACAGUAUUUUUGCGGCCUUCUUCUGUUACACACAGGUGUUCAGAGCAUGCUAGAUAGCUAAUUGGCACAGGUGUUACCUCUGUCUGUCUUCCGUAAACACACGCUGUAACAUGGAGAUAUGGCCGUGUGGGAACCCUAACACUAUAAAGUUCUGUAUCAAUGUAACCUUUUGUUUUUUGAAAAUAAUUUCUGAUAUGAAAGAGAAGGACUGUUCAGACCGAGCGACGGGGCUCUUAACAAAACUCUUAUGUGUAAUGUAAUGGAACUGAGAGUCAUGAUCAAGGGCUACUAUACGGUAUGCAGCAAUUUCUGAAACACAUCAACAUUUUCACACACUUACACAUUAAAAACACACUGAGGACUAUACACUCCCCUCACACACUGCUUGUCUCACACACACCACCGUGUGUCUUCUCUUCUGCUUUUCUCUGCGCCCGUCUCUCUCUCCCUCUUCUCUUUCUCUAUCACUUCCUCUGCACGUCUCUUUCCUGCGAUGUCCUGCCCUCUGCCAGGGUGGAAUGAUUGAGAGGAUUGAGAACAACAUGGACCAAUCGGUGGGCUUCGUAGAGCGGGCGGUAGCUGACACUAAGAAAGCCGCCAAGUUUCAGCAGGAGGCCCGUCGUGUGAGUGGCUAUAGAAAGGCCCUUGUCCCACCCCCUGGCCCCUCCCCCUGCUCCGUUGACCAGCCUCUAUUGGCCUGGCACCCUUGUACCCAACGAUCCCCAUCCUAA